AUGGCGGUCAUCAUGGGAGCUUCCAAUGGCUUAACGAGGUUCAGCUCGCUGGAAUACCAGGCCAUCAUGUUCAGCCUGGCCUUUGCCAUGUGCGUGACCAUGGCCAUAGUGGAGGUGGUGAUGAAGCGCUUUGCCUUGCUCCCCGUGAUCUUUCCGGGCGUGUUUGCGAUCCGUGAGAAGCGCUUGUACUUCUUUGAUAUCGAAGUCAAAGAGGUGACGGUGGGCAAAGCCCUAAGAUGGGAGGCGAUGAUGACCAUGAGAGUCACCCUCGCGGUGGUUUUGUCCUACCUCUGGGAGUUCUGUGUUUUCAAGUCCACCACCUCUGUGGGGCGUGCUUUCCCGCUGCAGCAGUGCCAAAGUGGUAUGGAUUGUGGGGGCCCAGACACCAGCAUCAUCCAGAGCUCCGAGUUCCGGCAGCCAGUGGUGAUCGACGUGUAUUUGCCCAGUGGUCGUUGUGCAUCCUUGAACUUGGGCAACAAGCCAGGGCUCCUCGUGAGCGACUUGAAAUCUGCGGCACAACAGCACUUCGGAAAGCAACUCCUAAGACUCAUUUCGACCGAAGGAAGAUUUCUGGAGCCAGAGUGGUCCCUGGCAGAAGCCGGUCUCACAGAUGGCUCCACUGUGACUGCCGUAGUGCAAUCCGCUACGAUAGCUGCAUCUGACGGUGCAUUCGCAGUUUGGUGCAUCGGCGGUCAUGUGGUCACAUGGGGAGAUGGUCAAUGUGGAGGCGACAGCGACGUGGUGAAGGAUCAACUGACGCACGUCCUGAAGGUCCAAACCACGGGGAAGGCCUUCGCAGCCCUGAAGUCCGAUGGAAAGGUGGUCUGUUGGGGGCAUCCCAAUUUUGGCGGAGACAACCGACGAGUGCAACAUCUUCUGGACAAAGCUCAGGACAUUCAGGCGACCCGCCAUGCAUUCGCGGCGAUUCUCGAAGAUAGCAGUGUCAUAGCAUGGGGCGACCCAACCAGUGGAGGAUCGAACAGCGACGUAUAUCGACUGAAAGGUGUUGAGCAGAUUCAGAGCACCGACCGGGCCUUUGCUGCCAUCUUGUCCAACGGCACAGUGGCCACCUGGGGCAUGGGCGAUUCAGGGGGCGACUGCGGUGAGGUUCAGGACCUCUUGCGCCAGGUCCAAGAAAUCCAGGCCUCGGCUCGCGCCUUUGCUGCGCUCCUGGCGGAUGGCUCUGUGGUGACCUGGGGUGACCGCAGCUAUGGUGGCGACUCCCGACGCGUGCAGCCGGAGCUCGUCAACGUGAGGCAGAUCGCUGCUUCUGAACGGGCCUUCGCUGCGAUCCGCCACGACGGGUCGGUGGUCUGCUGGGGUCCUGCGGAGUAUGGUGGCGACAGCCGGAUGGUCCGACAUCUCUUGGUGGAUGUGCGUGAGAUCCAAGCGGCCCGCGACGGAGGCUUCGCCGCACUACUGGGCAAUGGCCGGGUGGUGAGCUGGGGAGAUCCCACAUUUGGAGGUGACUGCAGCCUGGUUGCGGAUCAGUUGAAAGACGUGAGACACAUCCAAGCCACCAUUGGCGCCUUCGCAGCCAUCCUGAAGAAUGGCCGCGUGGUGACCUGGGGACAUCCCUGCUGUGGUGGGGACAUCAGCAGCUUCCAAGAUACUCUUCGAAACGUGCAGGAGAUCCAAUCCGCCAAGCGCGCCUUCGCGGCCGUGCUGAGCGAUGGAUCGGUGGUCUCCUGGGGACCCAAAGGACAUGGUGGCAGCGAUGUGGUGCGCGUCAAGGAGGUGGAACAGGUUCAUGCAACCACCCGUGCAUUUGCGGCCAUCUCCUCUGAUGGUCGCAUCAUGGCCUGGGGGUCACCAGAACAUGGUGGUGAUUGUAGCAGAGUUGAAAGUGACUUGAGCAACCUAUGA